AACUACAUCUGAAAUCACACUGUAAACCUAACAAAAAUAAUAACUGAAUAAAUGUGUUUUGAAAAUAUUUACGUUUGCGUCCUAUGGUAAUGGAAUGCAUCUGACGAGGUCAAAGGCGGAGCAGAUGUGAACGUGCACGUUCUUAUCGUUACACAAACACGGCCCUAUGAAACGCAAUGCGGUCCGCACAGCCACCAGAAUGCUUGCCCCAAGAUGGCAGAGUGGAUCAGAGCCCGCACAGCAUGCUGGGAAGGCUCAUCUCUCUCACUGUCCCCCUGGUCCACGCUGCUGAGAGCGCCAACCCCGACACCACCCCAGCACCCACACCCCUCCCCUCGAUUGUGGGGAAGCCAGAGCUUGCGGAAACAGGCUGGGACCGCAUCCGAGAACUGUUCGAUAGAAGUGAGAUGCAACAGUACCCGGAGGAGGUCACUAAUGUCGUGAAGAGCGGGCUGAUGGCGGCAGUGGUGGGCAUGUGCUACGGGGGAAUACCCGCGGCUCGCUAUGCCAGGCAGAGGUUCAUUGAGCAGAGCCAGGCGGAGGUGUACCACAGCCGCGUCGACGCAGUGAGGUCGGCUCAUAAUGCUGCGAUCCGAGGGUUUGUGCGGUUUGGCUGGAGGUGGAGCUGGAGGGUGGCGGCCUUCGUCACUUUGUUCAACACUGUGAGCACAGGAAUGACUGUGUACAGAGACAAGCACGCUCUCAGCCACUAUGCAGCUGCUGGGGCCAUCACGGGGGGCGUGUUCAGGCUGAACCUGGGGCUUGGAGCUGUGCUCGCGGGGACGACCAUCGGAGCGUUCCUGGGGUUGCCAGCGGGGGCCCUGAUCAUGGCCAUGCAGAAGCUGACGGGAGAGACCAUUCAAGAGAGAAGGAGGAGGGAACGUAGAGAACUCUACGAGCUGAAGAUGGAAGAAUGGAAUGCCCGUCUGCAGGUGACAGAGGGGCUCAUUGGUGAGAUGGUCGCCACCGGGCAGAACCAGGAGUUUGAGUCUGACCUGCAGAAGAUCGAGGAGCUGUUGAGUUUGCCCAGGAACGAGGGCGUGGUCAGGGACUCAGACAGCCAGUGACACAGGUGACGACAAUGGUUGCCUAAAAACAUCAUGCACAGAGGUUUCACUGGUGAUUUGCUGGUUUUUUUAAAUAUUGUCUCCGUUCAGUUGAAUGGAAUCGAACAGAAAGAAUGGACUAGGAUCACCAUUACUGUGGAAUAUUGGCGGAAAACUGUGAAAAUCAGUUUUCCUGGUGUUACGAGCCGGUGGGAGAUAUGAGGCAGUUCCAGGAUGGUCUGAUUAGUGCAGAGUUGGGCCACACCCUUUCUUGUUUCCCCUGUAUUGCUCCACAUCCUCACAUCUCAUAGAACCUCCACCUCAGGGGACAAACCCCUGCUGUCUCUCUUUUCUCGGCACGCCCCAACAAACAACAGAUACCCUUCAUUUCAAUGGACAUUUGUCUGUCUGUCACACGAAACCAUCCAAUCCAAACCCAGGACCCGAGCCACAGGUGAAAGGUGAUGAUGGAGAAUUGUGGUCCUGCUACAGGGAUCAGUCUCAGCUUUGAACGUGUAAAUGUCCCAGGUGUUUGUUUCCAGGGCUGUAGACUGAACAUGCAGUUGUUAUGCUGUGACAUUCAUGCAAUAAAUCCCACUGCAGGGCAGUACUGUUCAAAUCUGCAAGAGGCCUGUGAGCUGUUGCUGAUGUAGGAGUGUGGCUUGUUCUGAUAUUAUCGUAUAAUUAUUGUCUGAAUAAAUAAUUUCUUUUUUUUUUGGAUAC